CACUAUUUUCUCAUUAGAUUGUUCUAUUGUGAAUCAAGAUACUAAUGGUUGGGAUUGUUUACUUACUACUUUUGAUUAAGUGAUUCAAGUCAAACCUAAACAACAAUUGGCCUGAUAAUGUUUAGUUCAAACUUGAGUUUGUCUGAAUUGGUAAAUAAUGUUGUUGAAAAAAGAAUUGCUAAUGGAGUGAACAUUGCUAUCAAAUGGUUAAAUAGUAUUGGUGAAUGAUAUCAUUAAUAAGGCAAACAAGUUCAAGUUUGGUUCAUUCGAGUCAAAUGUGGCUAGAGUCCCCCCAUAAUUGUUAAUGGGCAUUUGCCAUUUUUAUUUUUAUAAAUAUGGUAGAAGAUAAUGAAAUCUUCUAAAUUUGGAGUUGGAAAAUAAUAAGCAUAGUAACUCAGGAAGAUUCACAGCAAGAGGAUCAUUGUUGGAAGUGUUGGAAAUGGUUCCAGUAAGUGCAUGAAUCACAUGCCAUAUUUUAAGUUUGGGAAGACGCCCGUAUCAAAGCAGGCUUGCUAAUUGUUCUGUGCUGGUUUUAGAGACGCCUGCAUCUUCAUGUUCCUAUCCCCAACCGUUUGUCCCAAUGUUCCUAUUUUCAGAUAAGUAGAAGGAAAGCAGAGCUUCCAUUUUUAUCUUCUGUGUUUGCCACCUGAGCUUCUGUAAGGACAACCAUGCAAGCCAAGUGUAUAUUCAAAUGAGUCCUGUUGCUGACACGAUUGAACUGGUUUUUCAUGACAGAGAAAAAGCAGCUCAAAAAGCCUGCACAGGCGAGUUCAAGGAAAGGAUGCAUGAGAGGGAAGGGAGGUCCAGAGAAUGCUCUAUGCACUUAUAAAGGUGUUCGUCAGAGAACUUGGGGCAAAUGGGUGGCUGAAAUUCGUGAGCCCAAUCGGGGUGCUCGUCUUUGGCUCGGCACAUUUGACACGUCGCAUGAAGCUGCCGUGGCUUAUGAUGCUGCUGCUCGCAAGCUUUAUGGCCCAGAUGCCAAGCUCAAUCUGCCAGAGUUGAGCGUCAAUUCUCAAUAUCCAACGGCUCCUGCCACUUCCCAAGUUCCCCAAAUGCCAAACCCACCUCAAGUCAUUCAUGGUUCAGGCAUCAACCGCUCACCAAGUACCCCAAUUCCCACAAUGAACGAUGCAACACAGGUGUACAACAACAACAACAACUCGAUGAUGAGCGUCGAGUCUCAUUCGAAUUUGGCAGAAAAUGAUUAUAAAGUUGGGCAGAAUGAGCAGGGAAUGGAUGGAUUCUGGGAGAAUUUGAACGUGAACUUGCCAGUGUUUGAUGAAUCCAUAUGGGCAGAAGCGGCGAUGUCCAUUGAUUAUCCUAUGCUUGGAGAGCCAGGGCCACCUGCUGGCCACCUGCUGGAUGGAGCAGGAUGGGAUGUGUUUCAGACUCCAUGGUGCACGUGAAAGUUUGAAACUGGACUCUCUGAAAACAAGACAUCUAAGCUACUGGCUGCCAUGCUUUUAUAUAUAUACAUAUUUAUAUUAUUUUAUAUAUAGAUCGUAUGUAAAUAAACUGAAGUGUCCACCUGAAGUAAAACCUAUAUAUAUAUAUAUAUAUAUAUAUACAAAGUUGUGUCAAGGCCACGAAGCCUCAUGGCUUUUUCUGGGCUUUGUUGUGCCAUGUACAUCACUUCCUCGCUCGUAUAUGGAUAUAUUAUGCAGUAAGUUUAUAUAAA